GCCCUCACAUCGCCGUGUCACGCGCUGCCAGCUAUACAAACUCUCUCACCGUUCUGUCCUGCCAGAAUCUACUUCAGCCUGUCUGUGAACGCACCGUUGCCUGGAUUACAGUGAAUAAAGAAAAGAAGAAGAAAAAAAAACAAUCGCACAGAGGAUACAGUUUAUUCCGAAUCAGAAGAGACGCGUACACGGACAUCGGGACAUCAUGGGGAACACCGCGUCAUGUGUCCCUCAACACAGUUUCAGGAGAAGUUUUAAACGAAGGAGCAGUCGGAAAUUUUGGACGAAGGACUCAGAUGAAGGACCGGAGAAGUCCAACAGCAUCAUCAACAUCAUGUCCACCGUUACGCCCGAGACGGAGAUGUCAAAGAAGGACAUUGAGACGAUACAGAACAUCAAAUGGGACCCUCCGCCGUUCGCCUACGACGCCUCUGGCGGGUGGAAGAAGAGCAGCAUCAACGUGAAGAACUACGGGAGGCUGAUCCACAGCUCCAAAGUGCGCUUCCGGUUUCUCCACUGCCAGGACAUCCACGACUGCUACCUGGACCUCUUCCAGACACACCUACAUUUCGUCUCCAACAACACCACCGGGCUCACCUACCAGGGAACUCUUCCGCUGAAGGAACUCACUAUCUGCCAACUGCAGAACGGCAGCAACGAGCCAAACCCGUUUGCAUUCCAGAUAAAUGGCAUCGGCUUGAACCCCAUCGUGGUCUUCUGCUCCACCCAAGGGGCGCUGGACACCUGGAUGGCCCACCUGAGAGAGCACGUGGAAGGCAGCGGGGGAACCGUGGCCACCCCCGAAACCAAGACCUACGCCAGGGUGAAGAGCGUUCGGGACAGGGUCGCGGGCCGGGAGCAGCUGAGGAAUUCGGUGAGGAACGAGCCCAUUUACGACUGGGAGGGCUCCCAGCGGGAGUCCCUGGGCCCCAUCGUCUACGUCACCAAAGUGCAGCUGCAGCACGUGCCCUGUCAGGAGCAGUAUGACCGACUGCUGGUGAUGUAUCCCGCCACCCUCAUCAUUCUGUCUGAGGAGCGAAACGGCCUCUUCUACAAGGGCAAGCUGCCUCUCAACAUGAUCACAGUCACCACACCAUGCCAAGAUGUGAGGCCAAACACUUUUAUGAUUGAAGGGAAGCUGAUUAACCCCAUCAUCGUGUCCUGUCUGGACAAGAAAGAGUUCCAUGACUGGAUUCACCAUUUCAAAGCCUCGUACGUCCCCGUGCACAUCCCCCCACCGCCGGUCUAUGACAUCAUCGACAAUCCAACCAAGAGAACGGCCACGGGGCAGUUCGACAGGUGCAGCGGGACCAGCGCCCAGGCCCUGGCGGAGGCGCACAGGCUCUCCCAGACGGGGCGGGGCUCCUUGGAGCUGAAAUUCCAGAACCAUUUGGAGAGCCCCUUGUCUGCCGGGUACAUGGAGCCCCUGUGUUACCUUCCCAGCAGGCCCGGCUCCACGGACACCCAGACGUCGGCGCGGCACGGCGUCAGGAGCAACAGCUUCUCCCACCGCGUGAGGCCCGCCCCGGACUACCACGCCCCGUUCCAGCGCUUCUCCUACGCCGUCACCCCCACCGAGGUCCCCGCCUCCCCCGUCUACCACAUGCCCUACCCGGUCGCGCACGCCGACAGAUACUUCCUGGUGAAGUCCAACAGCUGGAGCACGCCCCAGUCGGGGGGGAGGUACCACCUCUCCGGCCCCCAGCGGUACUCCGACAUGUGCGCCCCGCGGCGCCCGCUGUCCCCGCUCUACGACGACCCCAGCACCCCGGGCCGCUACCUGCAGGAGGACAACUACGUCAGGCCGGCGAUGUCGAUGCAGGAUCCGAGUGGCCAGGUACUGCCCCCCACCUUCAGACUGCGCACCCCCCCUCUGGGCAGGAGGAGACAGAACCUUCCCGAAUCGGAGCGGGACGUGGAUAGCUCCGAGUGGACGUCGGAGCAGAGAGCCAAGGCCGUUUCCAGACUGAAGCUGCUGUCUCCGCCCUCGACGCUCUCGCCCACCGGCGCCAGACCGGCGAUCUACUCGUCGCAGAGCCAUCAGAUGGCGUACGCGCAAGGUGAGAAUGCCGGGCAUGCCAAAGUCAGGCGAUACCCUGUCAUUACCUGCCUCCGCCACGGCAAGAUAUUCAGCGUUCGCCUUUGCAGUCUGACCGGUUGAGCCAAAAUGGAGCUCAUUUUAAAAAAAUGCAAAUGACCCACAACUGUCUCGGCAUUGUGACAGUGUCAUUUGUGUAUGAUAGUAACGACAUAUGCUUGUUGCUCGUUUAGAGUUGAGUCUAAUGAUUUUGCUCACAAAGCAGCGCCAUCUUCCAUUCGAAAGGCUAGUUUUAGUCAGGGCUAUAACUACCACUGCGGAGACUGUCAUGUCCUCUGUGUUUUUUUUUUUCAUGUCAAUUUCCAAGGCCUAUAUUAUAUAAAGCCUACAUCAGUUGCAAUUAAUUCAGGAGGGGAAAAAUGGGCUUUGGUAUUUUCUCAAAUUGAAGGCUAAUCUAGAGCCGAAUGUACAGCAUUUAUAUAUAUAAAUUGUACCUUCAAUUAAAUGACUAAUUUAAAGGGGAAAAAUGAGCAUACCAUGGUCCUCACUGCAAUGGGUGUCAUGGCAGAAGCUGAUGACCUCACAGAAGUGUGGAUUCAGCCGUUACAUCACUGACCCUGAACCUGAGCCUGCUCUUGAAACGUGCGGGCUGCCACAUUUUCGGUUCUGCCUUGCACCCCGGGCCUUAACCCUGUGCUCGUUUUACAGCAGAUAGGGUUGAGCUGGGGCGGGGCAUAGGGGCUUGGCACAGGUGCCAUUUAAAAAAAAAUAGUGAGAUCGGUGCGGAAGAUAAGUCCUG